CGGAGUAUGUUGUGAUUAAAGUUUGUGAGGUGGAGAAUAUGGGGAAUCUUAUUUUAAGGCAUUGAGGGCUAUAAUUCAGCAUUUUAUUUGAUCAAAAUCAUAGUUAUACCCGCGAAUACACCGAUAUUUUCUUUUUGUAUAGAUAAGGUAAUUAUGUAAUUUGUAACCAGCGUGCUGUUGUCAUCAUCGACUCGACGGAAGAUUUCAGAAAAUAGGACUCGUAUGUAUGAGUGAUUACACUCGCAUUAAUGAUUUUGCCAAAUUGCACUAGACAUUUUCAUAAUUAUCGUCGCUGACAAAGUCGCUGACAUGGAUUGCGCGGCGCUGGAACAAGAUGCCAUAAAAUUUGCCAAGUCCGCUGUCUUCUACGAUCAAAAGGGAAAAUAUAAUGAAGCUGUGUUUUAUUAUAAGGAAGCGGCCCAAGCGCUGAUCUAUGCCGGCAUGGCGGGCUCUAAAUUGGAGAAUAUCCAGGACAAAGUCAAUGAGUAUCUGGACCGAGUUGAGGCCCUGCAUACUGUAGUGCAGGCACAGAGCAGCGACCCCCUGAAAUCCAAGCACCAGCUGGAUCUGGAGAGGGCCUAUUUCCUAGUGACCCAGGCCUUUGAAGAGGAUGAGAAAGGCAACGGUGAUGAGGCAGUGGAGCUGUACACACAAGCCGUGGAACUGUGCAUUCAGGCGUCUAAUGAGACGUCAGACCAAGGCCUACAGGGGAAACUGAAACAGCUGGCACGCCAAGCUCUGGACCGGGCUGAGGGGCUAAAGGCCUCCGUUUCUAAAAGCACCCCACGAGACAAAGCAGCACCCUCUGCACCCAAAGCCUCUAACCCAGUGAGGCAGUACCUGCCCCUGGGCCCAGAUUUCUCCCUGCAGGACCGGACGCAGCCUGUGAGGUCUGCCCAGUCCAGUGACCAUCAGGGUCAGCGAUACACAGCUGAGGAGAUCGAAGUUCUCAGGAGUACUUCCAAGAUAAAUGGGAUUGAAUAUGUGCCCUUCAUGAGUGUCGACCUCAAGGAACGUUUUGCAUUCCCGGUUCCAUUCACAGACAAGCGUGGCAACCUAGCCCUGUCCCCGAAGCAGAAAGCCAUCUUCUCACGUUGGGUUCGGCCUGAUGAUAUCUGCAACAACCCCACAAUGAUUUUCACUGUGUCCAGCUUCAGCAUCAAACAAACGGUUGUGUCAGACUGCUCAUUUGUGGCAUCUUUAGCCAUCAGUGCAGCAUACGAGAGACGGUACAACAAGAAAUUAAUAACUAGCAUCAUCUAUCGGCAGAACAGGAAAGGGGAGCCAGAAUACAACCCCUGUGGGAAGUACAUGGUCAAACUGCACAUUAACGGCGUCCCCAGGAAGGUGAUCAUUGAUGACUACUUACCGGUGGACCGCAAUGGAGAGCUGCUGUGCUCAUACUCCAGCAACCGGAACGAGCUGUGGGUGUCGCUGAUUGAGAAGGCCUACAUGAAGGUGAUGGGAGGGUAUGACUUCCCCGGCUCCAACUCGAACAUUGAUCUGCACGCUCUCACCGGCUGGAUUCCGGAGCGCAUUGCUAUGCACUCAGACAAUCAGGCCUUCAACAAGGACGACACCUUCCGAAUGCUCUAUCAGAGGUUUCACAAGGGCCAUGUCCUCAUCACCACGGCCACAGGAGUGAUGACGGAGGAGGAGGGAGAGCGGUGGGGCCUGGUGCCGACUCACGCCUACGCCGUGCUGGACAUCCGGGAGUACAAGGGGAAACGCUUCCUCCAACUGAAAAACCCCUGGAGCCACCUGAGGUGGAAGGGGCGCUUCAGUGAGCGGGAUGAGAAGAGCUGGACCCCCGAGCUGCUCAAAUACCUCAACUUUGACCCCAAAACUGCACAGAAGUUUGACAACGGCGUAUUCUGGAUCACCUGGGAGGACCUUUGUCAGUACUAUGAUGUAAUCUACCUGAGUUGGAGCCCUGCCCUGUUCAAGGAGUCUUCCUGCAUCCACAGCAGCUGGGAUGGAAAGCAGGGACCGGUGAAAGAUGCCUACAGCCUAGCCAACAACCCUCAAUACAGACUGGAGGUGCAGUGUCCACAGGGGGGCGCUGCAGUCUGGGUGCUCCUCACUCGGCACAUCACAGACAAGGAUGACUUUGCUCAAAAUCGGGAAUUUAUCACCUUAGUUGUGUACAAAACCGAUGGGAAGAAGGUUUACUAUCCAACUGACCCUCCUCCCUAUAUUGACGGGAUUCGGAUCAAUAGUCCGCACUACCUGACUAAAAUGACGCUGACCAGUGGAGGGACCCACACCUUCACCCUGGUGGUUUCUCAGUAUGAGAAACAGAACACGAUCAACUACACGCUGAGGGUGUAUUCUGGAUGCAAGUUUAAUUUCUCCAAGAUCCCAACACCCUUCACUCAUUCCAAGAGGGUAAAUGGGCAAUGGAAAGGAGCUAGUGCUGGAGGGUGUGGGAACUAUAAAGAGUCUUACAAACACAACCCCAUCUACCAGUUCAACUUGGAGAAAGCAGGGCCUCUGCUGAUUGAGCUGAGGGGGUCCAGGCAGUACAGUGUUGGGUUUGAGGUCCUGACCGUGUCCACUGUGGGAGACCCAGGACCUGCUGGCUUCCAGAGGAAAAGCAGUGGAGAUUAUCGGUGCGGUUUCUGCUACAUGGAGGCUGACCAUGUUCCGCCAGGCAUUUACAACGUCAUUCCUACCACGUUCCUGCCCAAGCAGGAGGGCCCCUUCUUUUUAGACUUCAGCAGCUCCUCCCCCCUCCGAGUGUCCCAGCUCCAGUGAGGGGUGAGGGGUGCCCAUGUCCUCCAGAUGGCCCAGCUGGCCGAGGUGGUACCCAGUACCCACAGGCCAAUCGAUGGCCUCCUCUCGGCAGCCUGCGCAGGACACACUUUCCUGGUGUGGUAAAGCCCAGCAUAUCACCGGACAGAGCUGCGGACAUGUUAUUAAACCAAAAAAAACACAAAAACACAAAUUCAGGAUAAUGGAACAAUCAUUGCCGCUGUUGGAGGGAGAGAACAACCAUCUGAUUUGCCAUAUAUGGUAUGAUUAUACCCCAUUUCAUUAUUUGCUAUUUUCAGUGAUUUUACUUGCUACACUGUCAACCAUGCUUUCUGGCUUCAAUCAAAUUCAUUUAAUAAUGUUCAAUCACAUUUAGUCUCAUAUUCCAGAGGCCUACCAGUCCUUACCAGAGGCCACCACAGUGUGAGGAUAAAUUGAGUCCACUGUAACAAAUGAAGCGAUAUAAAGAAAGCAUUCAAAACUGGCAGUGCUAGCUUUUCUCAGGAGACCGAAACAAACACAGGGAGCUGUUUCUUGGAGACAAAGUCCUUCUUGCUCCAUGGCUUAAAUACUGCACUUCUUUUCCAGAUGUGAAAAUACAUGUAUACGUGUUAUUCUUUGGUGUGGGCUGAUUUUUUUAAGGGCUUUUCACUGUUAUGUGCUGCACAAGUGACAAAUGUUCUCUAAGCAAUCAUAGGUCCCUCUGUCUCAGUAAGGCAUUGGGGGGCUGUGGUGAUGCCAGGAUAAACAAUGACCUGCUCAAGGGGAGAGUGAGAGAGAAAAUUUGGUCAGUUUUCAUUUGAGAACUAUGUGCAUCUACGUACAUUACUCUGUGAAACUGCUUAUAGGGCAUGGGUUCAGGUUGUGCAUGCUGUCUGUUACUCAUUAUAGUCAAGUAAUUUGAAUCGGACAUCCUUCUUUGAGUAUUUGUCUUCUGCCAAACCCUGCAUUACAGUUUCUACAGUUUUCUCUGAUUUCGGCUAAUUUCAGCUGUAUUCAUUUUACUGAUCUAAAAUCAUGACUCUCAUCUUAUUGUGUUUUGAUAGGAAUCUAUCACCGUUGUUUUCAUUUCAGGGGUAAACAAUACGCGGUCGAAUGUCUCUAAAUGCAGUGGGACAUUAGGGCUUUAAUGCAGUUCUGUAAUGAGUUGUAGUCGACUGCUUGAGCACCAUCCAUCAAGUACAGUGGAAUGUCAGAGACAUGAAGAGAGAAUUUAAUUUCUGGGUUAGGAUGGUUCUGGUUAAAAAAAUGUUUUUAAAAUGGGGGUAAUUUUGUUAAAUGGGUAAUAAACUUUUGCCCUACUUCAGUGAUGCUAAAAAUGUUGAACAGACCGUGAAAAGCAAGAUUGGGCACCAAUACUGCCGUGUUGACUUGCCCUAGUUUCACUGUUUGAAAACAGCUGAAAUCAGCAAAACAUUAGAGUAAUUAAAGUCAUGGGAUAAAGCAAAAACAAAGAUAGCUAAAGUUAAGAGUGGGAGAGGAAAACCGUUCCCCUGGGUGGGAUUUCUCAUUGGAGAGAUGGCAAUUCUGAGUCUGCCCACACACUCCAUAGGCUCCUGUGGACUGGAGACUAGACCUGUUAUUGGUCCUGAGAGGAUGGGUGGGUGGAGCUCAACCCUUUUUUCUGGUCAUCUGCUAAUGUCCGCUCCUCAGGCAGACACUGGGAGGAAGGAACCGGGGGCUGCUAGGAGGAUGGGGUGCGGAUAAGCAGCACUUUGUGGUGAGAAAUGCCAGGUGUUGUGUGCUAAUUACAGAAAUGCAGCCCUUUGUUCACUUUAUAAAAAAAGUAGCCCAGUGAAACUGAGGUGAGUAAGAAGCCAUGGAAUGGAGAAAGUGCUGCACUUCACCUGUGGGAAAGAGUGAGACAUAUUUCCUGACUGCUGCUUUUUCUCCAACACCGAUUGCGUGUCCAUUGGCCAAGCGUAAGGGAAUGUGACAUUUGUGUAACUGACCGCUGGGCUGGCACUGCUUUUUUCAGAAGGUAUUGACCUACAUUGCAUUUACCUUCACCAGCAACGUCAGCUGCUGAAGCUUUUCAGUUGUGUUUUUCACUAGGUUUUUCACCAUGUGCAUGCAUACAUGUACAGCACUGGAGCAUGGCGAGUGAUAAGAUUUACAAUAUUAUUUGUUUAUAUAGAUGGUGAAUGUUGAAAAGGAAGAGCAGCUCAGAUGAACUGGUCCCAAAACGUCUCAUCCUUGUGCUGUGGUGUAACUUACCUUCAGCUUUAGUAAAUACAACACAAUGAGAUAUACUCAAUAUGUCCAUCCAAGGGCAUUCUGAUAUUAAUACUGCACCAUGCAGCCAAACAAUUUUGUACUUUCAUUUUCAAGCAGACUUUCUUUGUGUAGGCAUCAACUAUUUAAUUAAUUAUAAGGAAAUAAGAAUUGAAAAGCAAGGUGUGGGGAAAAUAAUAUAUGUAUGUAAUUUCUGGUUGAUACAUGACUACUAUCAUGUACGCAUGCUUUGUUUUAUUUAAAUGCCAUGAAAUUGCACUACAUUCAUGUAAAGAUAUAGAAUUUGCAAUGUUGUUUAUGUGUUUACUCUAUCAUUACAAAAAUUUGGGGAAAUUGGAGAAAUAUGAAUGUAUUUGAUCUGUGUUUUGUCUUAGAUUUUUAAAUUGGCUCAAAUAAUGGUCACAUAUUGAACAUCCAACAAACAGGGUAAUUAUGAAUAGGAUUGAAUUAAUAAACCGCAAAGAGAAAAUACAAUUAUUAAGUGCGGGAGGUUAAUGAGUCUUCUGGGUUUUUAAUCCCAUUUAUUUACACAUCCCAGGCCAUUUCGCCUAUGCCUGAAACUUAACUGUGCAAGUCAGACUAUCCUGAACACACCUGGAAAUACCCAGUCACAACUCAUUUUUUCUUCAUGUGAAAACUGCAAUAAAAUCUCAUUUCUGAUCUAA